AUGGGCAGCCUGAGGCCCGGACACUGGUCCCUGAUCCUGGUCCUCAUACUCCUGCUGCAGAUUCAGCCCGUUAAGGUGAAGGGAGUUGAUCCUGUGUCGCAGAAACUACGACGACUCAAUGAACAGUUCCAGCAGUUCCAGGCGCUGACCCAGGCCCGUUUGAACAUGUUGGCCCAGAACCAGAACAGAAACUCAUCGGGGGGGUUGGAGAGCCGAGUAAAGGCACUGAGCGAAAACUGGCAACGCUUGUCAGAAGACCUGGAUCAACUCAAGCGGAGCUCAACGCAGGAGAUAGAGGGUCUCAGGGAGUGGAGUAGGAAGCUCGAGAAGAAGAGUAAACGUAUGGAGGGUCGUCUUGCUUUCAUGGAGAGGAGCCUGAGGGAGAACCGCCGCCACGCCCAGAAACAGAAGCCCGAUCCUGGUCAGGAUAUCCCCAACCUCACCCUGGAGCUCCAGAGCCAAGAUGAACGGCUCGGUGCUCUUCAGACCCAGCGAGACGAGCUGAUCGUUGGGCUGAAAGGGCUGCAGGAAUCCCUGAAUAACCAGGCGCUGCGUCUGACCCGACUGGAGGGUCAGGUCUUGCAGAAGAGCGAUGGUGGAGCGCUGUGGAGGGCGGAAGAGUUGUUCAACUCCAACAUCACAUCUCAGGAACACUAUGAACCACGCAGGAGAUCAAAGACACAUAGAGGGAGAGAGAGAUUGAGACUGGACUCCGAACCCAUAGUAGAAGGUCCCUUUCAAUACCCGUCAGUACCAAUAAACCGAAGACAUUCAAAGGAGUCAAGACCUCAGCAAGAAUCUCAUCUGCAUUACUCGCCCCAACCAGACUCUUACGGUCUCCAGUCCCAGAUCCAGGUGCCGGCCCAGAAAAGGCCUUACCCGAUCCAGCAGGAGCAGAUCCAGUCUGUGCCUUAUCUUCAUACCCAGGUACGACAAAGAUACCAGCCUAAGUUAUAUCGCCAGAGACACCCCCAGUUACACAACCCCACUCGGCCCUAUUGGUCCCAGCCCCUGCCCCAUUCUCCAACUUAUCCUGAACCUAACAAAGUUAGGCAGAGUACGACCAGUCCGUGGCCUCCACCGCCUAAAGGUUCAGAUGAUAUCCCUCAGCCCAAAUCUGAGUCUCAGGAAGAAACUGACACAAAGGAAGAGUCUUCAGUGAUCCAUAACUUCCUCCAGCUUCCUGUGAGGCACAAGAUCCCUUCACGACCUGUUCCUAAAAAGGAUGCAACCAUCUGUAACGUGGACUCCCUGCUGCUCUUCCCCUCGGCAUCAGCAGACAACUUCGUCACCUUCUUCCGGACUCUUCCCAACCUUCCUGAACUUUCUGUGUGUUUGUGGCUCCGUGUUGAAGCCUCACAUGUCGGCACACUGCUCUCUUACGCCACAGACGACAACGACAACCAGUUAGUUCUGUAUGGACGUAACUCCUCUGCCUCUUCUGCAUCCAUCUCUGCUUCUUCCUCCUUCUCCCUGGACUUCAUCAUUGGAGACCCAGUGUAUCGCCGUCUCCCUGUGUCGUCGCUGAUGGACGCUCGCUGGCACCACCUUUGCGUCGUGUGGUCCUCCAUCCAGGGGCGUUUCUGGCACUACGUUGACCGGCGCCUCACCUCCUCAGGCUCUCACUUCAGAAAGGGCUGGGAGAUACCUGGGGGAGGGUCUGUGGUGCUGGGGCAGGAGCAGGACGUUGUGGAAGGAGGGUUUGACUCUGCGGAGGGUUUUGCCGGUCAGAUAGCAGGGUUCAGGAUGUGGAACCGGGUGCUGAGUGCUUCAGAGGUUGAAGGGGUGGCAGAAGGAAGAGGUUUGCCCAGAGGGGUGGUGCUCGGCAUGGAGGACAUAAAGGAGGUGCAUGGGGAGGUGCAGCAGGUGGCAUGUGAAUGUUUAGAGCACUGUGUGGGAUAA